AUGCAGCCAUAUACACACAGCUGGCCCCAGGUAACAGAGUUUGUCAUGUUGGGCUUUGCUGGGGUGCAUGAAUCACAGCUCCUUUCCCUUACACUCUUCCUCACCAUGUACCUGUUCACCUUGGUGGAGAACUUGGCCAUCAUCUCUAUGGUGGCUUUGGAACACCGACUGCGAAGAUCCAUGUAUUUCUUCCUGACAUGCUUGUCCUGCUUUGAAAUCUGCCACACCUCAGUCACAGUGCCCAAGAUGCUGGCUGGUUUUAUUGGGGUGGCUGGGGGUGAGAAUAUCUACUAUGCUGGCUGCCUGUCCCAGCUCUUCAUCUUCACCUUCCUUGGGGCAACUGAGUGUUUUCUGCUGGCUUCCAUGGCCUGUGACCGCUACGUGGCCAUCUGUAUGCCUUUCCAAUAUGGGGCCUUGGUGUGCUGGGGCACCUGCAUUCAUCUGGCAGCUGCUUGCUAGCUGGUGGGCCUCCUCACACCCGUUCCGCCCAUCUACCUCAUGUCCCAUCUGUCAUUUUGUGGUCCCAAUAUUGUUGACCACUUCUUCUAUGAUGCAUCACCCCUGUUAGCCUUGUCCUGCUCAGAUGUCACCCUGAAGGAGACCACAGACUUCCUUAUAUCUCUGGCUGUGCUCCUGGCCUCCUCUGCGGUCAAUGCUGUGUCCUACGGCAACAUUGUCUGGACGCUCCUGCACAUUUGCUCGGCCACCGAGUGCUGGAAGGCCUUCUCCACUUGUAUGGCUCACCCGAUUGUGGUGAGCCUCUUCUAUGGCACGCUCUUCUUUAUGUAGGUCUGGACAAAGGUGGCCUCCUCCAUCAACUUCAACAAGGUGGUGUCUGUCUUCUACUCCAUGGUCACACCAAUGCUCAACCCCCUCAUCUAUAGUCUUUGGAACAAGGAAGUAAAGGGAGCUCUGGGCCGAGCUUUUUCCUUCAAUUUGUGGAAAGGUUGGUGA